CGCCGGAUUAAAGGCCACCCCGGCGGGCGGGGACGGGACGGCAGCCGGCACCCAGAGCAAGCUCGGCUCCGCGCCGCCAACGCCGGUCCCGCCGGUGCCACACGGCCGGCCGAGCACAGCAGGGCUCUCUCGACAUGAUCAUCCGGACCAGGCGCUGAGCAGUGGCUGCGAUGUCGGGGUGCCGGGCCCCGCGGCCCGCCUGGGGGCUGCUGCUGAUGCUGCUGGCGCUGGGCGAGCUGCCUCAGGCACAGGGCACGGAGGAAGUGCCUGGUGACACGCACGGGGACGUCCAGGGCUUCGAGGUGGUCACCUUCAGAUGGCACCACGUCCAGGACCCGUACAUCAUUGCGCUCUGGAUCCUGGUGGCCAGCUUGGCCAAGAUCGGCUUCCACCUGUCCCACAAGGUCACCAGCGUCGUCCCUGAGAGCGCACUGCUCAUCGUGCUGGGCCUGGUGCUGGGCGGCAUCGUCUGGGCGGCCGACCACAUCGCCUCCUUCACCCUCACGCCCACCCUCUUCUUCUUCUACCUGCUGCCCCCCAUCGUGCUGGACGCCGGCUACUUCAUGCCCAACCGGCUCUUCUUUGGCAACCUGGGCACCAUCCUCCUCUACGCCGUCAUUGGCACCGUGUGGAACGCGGCCGCCACCGGCCUGUCGCUCUACGGCGUCUUCCUCAGCGGCCUGAUGGGGGACCUGGACAUCGGGCUGCUGGACUUCCUGCUGUUCGGCAGCCUGAUCGCCGCCGUGGACCCGGUGGCCGUCCUGGCCGUGUUCGAGGAGGUGCACGUCAACGAGGUGCUCUUCAUCAUCGUCUUCGGGGAGUCGCUGCUCAACGACGCCGUCACGGUGGUCCUAUACAACGUGUUUGAAUCUUUCGUGACGCUGGGGGGUGACAAGGUGACCGGCGUGGACUGCGUGAAGGGAUUAGUGUCCUUCUUCGUGGUGAGCCUGGGGGGCACGCUGGUGGGGGUCGUCUUUGCCUUCCUGCUCUCGCUGGUAACGCGCUUCACCAAGCACGUGCGCACCAUCGAGCCCGGCUUCGUGUUCGUGCUGUCCUACCUGUCCUACCUCACGUCCGAGAUGCUGUCGCUGUCGGCCAUCCUGGCCAUCACCUUCUGCGGCAUCUGCUGCCAGAAGUACGUGAAGGCCAACAUCUCAGAGCAGUCCGCCACCACCGUGCGCUACACCAUGAAGAUGCUGGCCAGCGGCGCCGAGACCAUCAUCUUCAUGUUCCUGGGCAUCUCGGCCGUGGACCCGCUCAUCUGGAAGUGGAACACAGCCUUUGUGCUCCUGACGCUGGUCUUUAUCUCCGUGUACCGGGUCAUCGGUGUGGUGCUGCAGACCUGGAUCCUGAACCGGUACCGGAUGGUGCAGCUGGAGAUCAUAGACCAGGUGGUCAUGUCCUACGGCGGCCUCCGCGGGGCGGUGGCCUUCGCCCUGGUGGUCCUUCUGGACGAGAACAAGGUCAAGGAGAAGAACCUGUUCGUCAGCACCACCCUCAUCGUCAUCUUCUUCACCGUCAUCGUCCAGGGCCUGACCAUCAAGCCUCUGGUGCAGUGGCUGAAGGUGAAGAGGAGUGAACAGCGAGAGCCCAAGCUCAAUGAGAAGCUGCAUGGCCGGGCUUUCGACCACAUCCUCUCGGCCAUCGAGGACAUUUCAGGGCAAAUUGGACACAACUAUCUCAGAGACAAGUGGUCCAAUUUUGAUCGGAAAUUCCUCAGCAAAAUCCUUAUGAGAAGGUCGGCUCAAAAGUCACGAGAUCGGAUUCUGAAUGUUUUCCACGAGCUCAACUUGAAGGACGCCAUCAGCUACGUGGCCGAGGGAGAGCGCCGAGGCUCCCUGGCCUUCAUCCGCUCCCCCAGCACCGACAACAUGGUCAACGUGGACUUCAGCACCCCCAGACCCUCGACCGUUGAGGCCUCCAUCUCCUACCUCCUGAGGGAGAAUGUCAGCGCCGUGCGGCUGGACAUGCAGUCGCUGGAGCAGAGGCGGCAGAGCAUCCGUGACACGGAGGACAUGGUCACGCACCACACGCUGCAGCAGUACCUGUACAAGCCCCGGCAGGAGUACAAACACCUCUACAGCCGACACGAGUUAACGGCAGACGAACACGAGAAGCAGGACAAGGAGGUCUUCCACAGGACCAUGCGCAAACGCCUGGAGUCCUUCAAGUCGGCCAAGCUGGGGCUCCACCCGCACAAGAAGGGGGCGAAGCUGUACAAGAGGGAGCGCGCCCAGAAGCGGAGAAACAGCAGCAUCCCCAACGGGAAACUGCCGAUGGGAAGCUCCCUGCAGGAUUUCACCAUUAAGGAGAGAGAUUUGGAACUUUUGGACCCCGAGGAAGCCGCCAGCUAUGAUGCUGAGGACAUGAGCGGGGGCAUCGAGUUCCUGGCAAACAUCACACAGGACACAGCGACAGACUCCCCCUCCGGAAUUGACAACCCCGUGUUUUCCCCCGACGAGGACCCCAGCAUCCUCAGCCGGGCACCGCCCUGGCUGUCUCCCGGGGAGGCAGUGGUGCCCUCCCAGAGGGCCCGAGUGCAGAUCCCCCACUCUCCCGGCAACUUCCACCGCCUGGCGCCCUUCCGCCUCAGCUGCAAGUCCGUGGACUCCUUCGUGCUGGCCGAUGGCUCCGAGGAGCAGCCCCGCGCCGCCCCGACCGAGUCCACACACAUGUGACACGGGGUCGGACGCACCGCUGACCGGACGCUCGUCCCCACGCGAGGGACCGCCCGCCACAGAGAUGCCCCCGCGCGUGCGCGCCCCGAGCCCGGCCCCGCCCAGCCCGGCCCCGCCCAGCCCCGAGAAGGCCCCGCCCGCCUCCCGAAGCGCUGCGCCCUCUGCGCCGCCGGACUCCGAGCCGGGGGCGGGGCCUGCGUCUGGGGCGGGACCAGAGCGCCGCGGGCUGCCGGCUGCGCACGCGCGGUCGGCAGCGGCGCGCCGCGUGCACAGCCGGCGCUCGUUCCAGAGGCCCCGCGCGCGCCGCCGCCCCGCGUUGCUAAAGCUCGCUUCGCUGCAGCCUUCGUGCCACACGCCGCCGCACGCCCUGGAGCAGGAAGAGACGCCGCUGUGAUGUCCGCCCACUCGGGGUCUGCAUGCAUGAUCUCGCCCCUGAGGAUGUCCCCCAUAGCCGCGCCCCCCAGGGGUCUCCCCCGCCCCCCAUUACGGAGGGCUCCCCAGGGUCUGCACUCCCGGGCUUCUGCACCCUCCACCACGGCUGCCCAGCCGGGGGUUGGCACCCACGACCUCGCGCCCCCCCGAGGAUGCUGCCCCCCAGGGAUCUCCACCCCCACAACACACCCAUAUUCACCUGGGGUCGUGCCCUCCAUGCCUCCUUCCCAAGGGGGUCUUCCCAUAGCCUCAAUUAGCCCUGGGCACUCACCAGUUAGGUGCUGGAUGGACAGGAGCUGGACUCCCAGGGGACGAAUGUGCUGCAGGACCUGACCCUUGGAAUUCCUUGGGGUCCCUGCAGAGAGGCCCCUGUGGGUCACGAGCCUCCUCCACCUUCUGGGAGGCCCAGACAGGUGCCCUUGCCAGGAGACUCCUGUGCCCUCUGUCCAUCUGUUCUGGAUUUAAACUGGGCACUUGUGUGUUACUGUUUCCACUGUCACCCCUGUCCCAGGGACAGUCUGUGCUUGAGUUCUUGCCACCCUGUAUCCAUUCUCAUCAGCACUGCUGGGGAAACUGAGAACCAAACAAGCUGAGCUUUGCCCACUGUUAUGCCAACCCAAGAUCCUAGGCCUAGACUGGCCUCUCUCAAAGCCCCCUGGGAGGAUGAGAGCCCAACUCCAGGGUAGGAUGUGGGAUGUCCUCAUGUCCACUCACCAGGUCUCGGGACCACCUGUCACCUUGUGGACCACGGGCACAGCUGCAGAAGCAUCCUGCGUUUGCUUAUCCUUGCUGUGUUGAGACUCCCAGAGCUCAGCGCUCAUCCUGCACACACCCCCGCCCCAGUGUGGUCUCUGGGCACAGGGGCUGAACAUCCCCAAACAGCUGGUCUCUGGCCUGAGCUUGUCCCACCUAAUGCUGGCAGAUGGCCCAGGCUGGGUAGAGGUGGCACCGGCUUGCAUAGGCCUGCCCACGAGGCCCCAGCAGACAAGUGAGGCUUCUGCUCAGCAGUCUUCUUUGGAAUCACACUGGGUCCUUGGAUGGACCCUGGCCAGAUGGUGGCUCAGGCCUCCUCACACCAGGGACGCCGAGGGGACUUGGACCACCUCCCCACCCCACCCCAGCCCCAGGGCCCCAGGGACGGGGCCUUGGACAGAGCCCCCAGGCCUCUGGGGGGCAGGGCGGGGCACCUGUGCAGUGAGGCGGGAGGGGCCUCACCUGGCCUCUCUGCUCCUCGGAUGCAGGGUUUGAGGCAGUAAAGGAGUAAAGGACAGUGGACACCUGGAAGCUUUUCUGAAGAAGCCAGGCUCCAGCCUGCUCAGGGAGCUGUCUGCGCUGCCCUCUGCCUUGUUCCCGGGGCGAGGCCUCAAAGCCGUCGUCACCAGGGUCUCGAGCAGUGUGCAGCCCUUCGACAGAGCAGUGGUUCCCAGGGCGAGGCUACACUUCGCUGUUGAAGAACAAGUGACCCAACAGGGAAGGUCCUUGGGGCCCUGGUUCACCCAGAGUUAGCUCUGUAGCUGAAGUUCGGACCUGCUCACAACCCGAACCACUGGCUUAGCCGUCACGGGCGCAAGAGCGACCCGCAGUUUGCCGUACUUGUUCCCACACUCACAGCCACUUGGACCAACACUGUGAGCACAAAAUCCAGCCAUCACCUGCCCAGCAGACUUGGCGGAAGGCACAAGCUCCGUCUACUCCCUGCAGGAGGGAUUGAUCCAGAACAGACUGGGUCCUGCAGGGUCCAUAGCCCAGCCGGUCCGGCAUCUCCAGCUGCCUUAACAAGCCUCCCGGACCCUAUUCAGCUGCAGGGCCGGAGGCGAGCCCUGGGAAAGCGCUCCGGGCACUUCCCAGAUGCCCACUAGACCUCAGGCUGAUGAAGCUCUCCUGGGCCAGCUCUGUGGCCGGUGUCUUCUGCGGCGGGUGACCUGUGCCACUGAGCACAGCCACCGUGGGGGCAGGUUCCAGGGGAGACCUUUCAACUUGGGAGAGACUGUUCAGUCUGUGGACACAGUGUCAUAAAGCCCAGUAGUGCGGCUACGUCUCAUGAAGGAGAAUCCUAGCUGUUCUUGUCAUUGUCAAACAGAAGGUAAACAAAGUCUUAUGAAUGUAUUUCCUUAGGAAAACUGUUGUAAAAAUUUUUAUUAGGAAAGAAUUCCUAUUUAUUUAACACUGAACUUCGGCCUCCUUUGUGGAAGACUAUGACGUGCACAGAUUCAGAACCCACUUCUCACUUCUGUAUCUUCUCAAAAAUGAUCUGGUUACAGCGCCCACAUCCUGUGCACUACUGAUCUUCCACUGUGAAAGGUGGUUUGAUGGAGGAAUUUCACUGAAACUGGAAAUGCAGUGUAGUGUAAGUUCUGAUCUUGUCAAAUCUCCUGUAAACCUAAUCCAAUCGACGUGCCUUAAAGAGCUGCCCCAUGCAGUCCCCAGUGCGGGGGGCGUGUCCGGGCAGGGCCCACCACAGGCCCUACAACAGCGACGCCUUGAUCAAGUCUAUUAAAAAAUGUUUCAAGGA